AUAAAGUUGGUUUCAUCGUGACCCUCCCAUCCCCCCUUCCCCUACAAACAAAACCCUAUACUCUACUUUCUCAGCACAAGCUUCAAAGUUGACUCGCUAAAGCCUUGUUAGGGAUAUCUGAAAAGCUCCCAUAGAAAUACAAGUUCAUUAAGCCUUUUCUGUUCCUUAAAUUAUCAUUGGCUGCAGCUUGGAUUAUAAACUUACCAGUUAUGCUAAUUUCUCUUUAAUGGUAAUAACAUACUUUAUAAUCAGGACAAAUAUCAUUGAUUUAUGGAGGCAUUUCAAUGUUGUUUUUACCAUUUUAUCUAUAGCCUCACCUGAAAUGACACCUGAUGUCAUUUCGGUCUUGCUCAUUUCAACGAACACUGGUGAAAUUCUGGGAGAGACCUGUGUAGAGUACUGUGGAGUGGAGAAGGAAGGGAUUUGGCAGACUAUUCAAAGAAUUACAUCUGACCCAAAUUUACAGAGGAUAUUGUUGCUACUGUACAUGCGAAAUAAUUUAGGUGGAAAGCCUGGAGCCUGUGGUAGUGGAAGAAGAGGAGAUAGUAACAAUGAUGGUGGGGCCAGUGGAGGUGGUGCUUAUGGAGGAGGAAGCAGUGGAGAAGGGGCCAGUGGAAGUGGAUCCAGUGGUGAUGGUAGCAGUGCAACUGGAGUAAGUGGAUGUGGAAGCGGUGGAUGUGGAACCUAUGGAGGUGGAGCUACUGGAUGUCAGUACAAUGCCUCACAACUAGGCUCAGAUGUGGUGAAUGAGUUGUGUGAACUAUUACAAAAGUGCAGUGUCUGUAUCUGGAGGCAGAACCCAUCCGUCAUACAAAAUAAAGGUAAAUACAUCAAAGAGUCAAGGUGAAGCAAGUAUGAAGUUGGCAUCUGAGUAUCAUUAAACCCAGUUACUGGGAGGCUUAAUUUGUUUGGAUUGACUUAGCACCGAUCCUGGUUGGUCAAAGUAAAUGAUUUAGAAGAUUUCCUAGCUAAUAUAAUUUGCAAUGGUAAUUUCUUGGACUUAAAGUGAAGUCCAGUUCAG